AUGAACACCUGGCAGACGGUGAAUGACGAGUUUAAGGAAACGAGGACUUUUGAUGUGCAAGGCAGACUGGCUACUUGUGAAAUGAAUUCCAAAGAGAGGUGGACUUUUUCAUACAACGAUGAUAGCAGACCAUUGUUAGUGAACGAUAUGACCUUUGACUGGAAUUCUGGCGGUGUGCCAAAAAAGAUUGGAAGACUGGAAUAUGCUGUUGAUGGUAAUGGAUGGACUAGCAAAAGAGGGGAUAUAUCGUUUGAGAUGGAUGGAUACGGUAGAUUGAUGGAGCCCGAGGACCAUCGGUCGAUAUGA